AUGUCUAGGAGAAGUAUACGUUUACCUCCAGAAGUUAGUAGAAUUCUUUAUGUUAGAAAUUUACCAUAUAAGAUAUCAGCUGAUGAGUUAUAUGAUAUUUUUGGAAAAUAUGGUACUGUUAGACAAAUAAGAAAAGGAAAUUCUGAAGGAACAAAAGGGACUUCUUUUGUUGUUUAUGAUGAUAUAUAUGAUGCUAAAAAUGCUUUAGAUCAUUUAUCAGGAUUUAAUGUAGCAGGAAGAUACUUGGUAGUUUUGUAUUAUGAUCCAGUAAAAGCUCAAAAAAAAAAGGAAUUACAAGAAAAAUUAAAAAAUGAAAAAGAAUCCUUAUGA